CGCUCACCGUGUGCGUGCGUGCCUACUGCGUGUAUGUGUGUGUGUGUAUGUGUGUGUGUGUGCGCGUUACAUUAGGUGGACACAGAGACUGCAUCAGACUGGAGACACACGCCGGGACAUAAUAAAGCGGAGAUACCGAAGCGUUGAUGGUCCUUCCUCCCCCCCUUUUUGCACACACAAACGUCAGGAGACAGAUUCCGGUCGAGACAUGUAGUCCCAUGUAUGAGCAGCCAGGAUCAUUUGUAGCCUUCAGCUCUCUCUUUUUUUUAGCAACAUCAUCUCACGAUAUCGACAUAAUGUGGCUUGCUCUACCGGAGGGAAAAUAACCAAAUAUGUGGAUACCUACAGAAGAGGAGAAAAUCGGAGUUGUGAUCUGCAACUUCCGGUCACCAAUAUGUCAGGCCCUGGUCCUGGAGAUUGGGGAAACUGUACAGAUUCUGGAGAAGAGUGAAGGUUGGUACAGAGGCUUUUCCAUCAAGAAGCCUUCAAUCAAGGGUAUUUUCCCAGUCAGCUAUGUCCACUUGAAGAAAUCUACAGUGACCAACAGAGGGCUGUGCGAGACGGUGGUGCCCCUCGAGGACCCUAUUAUCACAGAGACCACCUCCACGCUGCAGGAAUGGGGUGUCUUAUGGAAGCAGCUCUAUGUGAAACACAAGGUGGAUCUGUUCCAUAAGCUCCGUCAUGUGAUGAAUGAACUCAUCGACUUGCGUCGGCAGCUGAUCCAGGGCCACCUCGCCCAGGACCAGACUCGUGAGAUCAAGCGACACAUCACCGUACGGCUUGACUGGGGCAAUGAGCACCUUGGCAUAGACCUUGUUCCCAGAAAAGAGUUUGAAAUGGUGGAUCCAGAUCAGAUCAGCGUAUCAGAGCUAUACAAACUGCAUGUAUCCAGCAGACACUGUGGUCAACAAAGCACAAACCAGGGUGACAGCAUGAGACAGCGCCAUGGCGACGGUUGCCGUGUCCCCGUGUCGCACCACCUCUUCAUCAAUUUGAAGAGCUUCACUUACAACAGCAUCAGCGAGGAUGCAGACGUCUUCUUCUCUCUGUACGACACUCGUGAAGCCAAACAGAUCAGUGAGAAGUUCAUGGUGAAACUGAACAAAAAUGGAGGACCAAAGAAUCCAGAGAAGGUUGAUCGUCUGUGUGCUCUCUUCACGGAUCUGAGCAGUAAAGACUUGAAGAGAGACUUAUACAUUGUUGCCCAUGUCAUAAGAACAGGUCGUAUGCUGCUCAACGACUCAAAGAAAGGCCCUCCUCAUGUGCAGUACAGACGACCUUAUGGCUGCGCUGUUCUUGCCAUGAGUGACGUUUUCCACACCAUCACAGACCUCAAAGAGGAGAAGGAUUUUGUGCUCAAAGUUUAUACAUGUAACAAUGAGAACGAGUGGUACCAGAUCCAUGAGAACAUCAUCCGCAAGUCCAACACCAAGUACUCAGCUCCCAGCACCAACUAUGGCCUCAUCAUUUCUCUGCAGCUGCUGAGGGGUGAGCUGGAGCAGAUCAGACGGGAGAACCAGGCUGUGUUCAACAGGGCCCUGGCACUCACACGCAAACUGGGUUUCCCAGAUGUAAUCCUGCCAGGUGACACUCGCAAUGACCUCUAUCUGACCCUGGAGCGGGGAGAGUUUGAGAGGGGUGGCAAGAGCGUCCAGAAGAACAUUGAAGUCACGCUGUAUGUCCUCUAUGCCGACGGGGACACUCUCAAAGACUGCAUCAGUUUGGGCAGCGGGGAGCCCAACACCAGUGAAUAUCGCUCUUUUGUCCUUUACCACAACAACAGCCCUCGCUGGAGUGAGAUGGUCAAGCUGCCUAUUCCCAUAGAUCGCUUCAGAGGUUCCCACCUACGCUUCGAGUUCAGACACUGCUCCACUAAAGACAAAGGGGAGAAAAAACUGUUUGGUUUUGCCUUCACUCCUCUGAUGAGAGAAGAUGGGACGACUCUGUCAGAUGAGAGCCAUGAGCUGUAUGUGUACAAGUGUGAUGAGAACGCCACCUUCAGUAACCAGGGCCUGUACCUGAGUCUGCCCUGCUGUAAGGAGGACUUCAACAGCUGCCCCAACCUGCCAGCUAACCUGCCCUUCCAGAGAAGCCCUAAAGAGACCUUCUGGGUUUCCACAAUACUCUGCUCCACCAAACUCACACAAAAUGUGGACCUGCUGGCUCUUCUGAACUGGAAGGCCCAUCCGGACAGGGUGUUGGACAUCCUCGGUCGAUUGCGUCAGAUCAGCGGAGAGGAGAUUGUCAAGUUCUUGAGAGAUGUCCUGGAUACGCUCUUCUGUCUUUUAGAUGACAACACUGAUAAAUACGGACCGCUGGUUUUCCAGUCACUGGUUUUUAUCAUUAACCUGCUCAGGGACAGCCGUUUCUACCACUUCAGACCUGUCAUGGACUCCUACAUCCAAAACCACUUUGCUGGAGCUUUGGCAUACAAAGAGCUGAUUCGAUGUCUGAAGUGGUACAUGGACCGCUCGGCUGAGGUCGUCCGACAAGACCACAUCCAGGAAGCCAUGAGGGCUCUGGAGUACCUUUUCAAGUUCAUCGUCCAGUCUCGUAUCCUGUACUCGAGAGCCACCUGCGGGAUGGAGGAGGAGCAGUUCAGAGCGAGCAUCCAAGAGCUCUUCCAAUCAAUCCGCUUUGUCCUGAGCCUGGACAGCCGCAGCUCAGAGAACCUUGUGUUCACACAGUUUAAGGGUGCGAUCAGCAGCAUGCCUGUCUGUGGUAAUGCUCCAGGGCUCUCAUCCAUCUCAGCAGCAUUGUUGAACAGUUUCCCUGAUAUAUUUGAUGAGCUGCUGCAGAUGUUCACUGUUCAGGAGGUAGCCGAAUAUGUUAGGGGCACCCUUGGGAGCAUGCCCAGCACAGUGGACAUUGGCCAGUCUAUGGAUGUAGUCAAACUGCAGUCCAUUGCUCGUACAGUUGAGAGCCGCCUCUUCUUCUUCCCCGAGUCUCGUAGUAUUCUGCUGCCGGUGGUUCUGCAUCACAUCCACCUGCAUCUGCGCCAGCAGAGGGAGCUGCUCAUCUGUUCUGGGAUCCUGGGAAGCAUCUUUUCCAUAAUCAAGACUAGCUCCAUGGAGUCUUCUGUUCAGGAGGAAGUGGAGAUGAUGGUAGAGAGCCUUCUGGAUGUGCUGCUGCAGACUCUGCUGUCCAUCAUGAGCAAAUCUCACUCUGUGGAGACAUCCAGAGGACAACGCUGUCCCCAGUGCACUGCCGAGAUAACGGGGGAGUAUGUUUCCUGUCUUCUCUCUCUGCUCAGACAGAUGACGGAGAUCCAUUUUCACCAUCUACUCAAUAACUUCCAUAGCAAGGAGGAACUGAAGGAGUUCCUGUUGAAGAUCUUCUGCGUGUUCCGCAAUCUGAUGAAACUAACUAUCUUCCCCCGAGACUGGAGUGUCAUGAGGCUUCUAACCAGUCAUAUCAUCGUAGUGACAACACAGUUUCUGUCUCCGGCACUGCACAAGAACUUCUCAGAGGCAGAUUUUGAUUUCAAGGUGUGGAACUCCUUUUUCAGCCUCACUGUACUGUACAUUAACCAGCCCAGUCUGCAGCUGGAGGCGCUUGGCCCCGCUAAGAGAAAGAAAGUCCUCGAUAAGUAUGGUGAUAUGAGAGUGAUGAUGGCAUAUGAGCUCUUCAGCAUGUGGCAGAAAUUAGGUGACAACAAGCCCCACUUCAUCCCAGGAAUGAUGGGUCCCUUCCUGGGAGUCACCUUGGUCCCUCAAACCGAAGUUCGAAAUAUAAUGAUUCCAAUUUUCCACGACAUGAUGAACUGGGAGCAGAGGAAAAAUGGCAACUUCAAACAGGUGGAAGCAGAGCUGAUGGAUAAGCUGGACAGCAUGGUGUCGGAUGGGAAAGGGGAUGAUAAUCACCGAGAGCUCUUCAGUCUUUUGACUCAGCUAUUUGGUCCUUAUCCAAGCCUUCUGGAGAAGAUUGAGCAGGAGACCUGGAGAGAGACGGGGAUCUCAUUCGUCACAUCAGUCACAAGACUUGUUGAACGAUUACUGGAUUACAGGGACUGUAUGAAAGGAGAUGAGAUGGAGAACAAGAAAAUUGGCGGUUCCGUCAACCUUAUGAACUUCUACAAAUCAGAGGUCAACAAGGAGGACAUGUACAUCCGUUACAUCCACAAGCUGUGUGACCUGCAUCUCCAAGCAGAAGACUUCACAGAGGCCGCGUUCACGCUGCUGCUGUACUGGGAGCUGCUGCAGUGGGAGGACCGGCCCCUGAGGGAUUUCCUCCACUACCCCUGUCAGAGCGAGUGGCAACGCAAAGAGAAUCUGAGUCGUAAGAUCCUCCACUACUUCAACAAGGGCAAGUGUUGGGAAUAUGGGAUCUCUCUCUGCCGGGAGCUGGCUUUCCAGUAUGAGACUUUAUAUGAUUAUCAGAGCCUCAGCUGGAUACGGAAAAUGGAGGCAGCGUACUAUGACAACAUUAUUGAACAGCAGAGGAUUGAACCAGAGUUCUUCCGAAUGGGCUUCUAUGGCAGGAAGUUUCCUUUCUUCCUCAGGAACAAGGAGUUUGUGUGUCGUGGUUACGACUAUGAACGGCUUGAGGACUUCCAGCAGAGGAUGCUGGGAGAAUUUCCCCAAGCCAUCGCCAUGCAGCAUCCCAACCAACCUGAUGACACCAUCCUGCAGAGCGACGCUCAGUACUUGCAGAUCUAUGCGGUGACUCCAGUGUCAGACAUCUCUGAUGUGCCUCAGCUGGAGCGUGUGCCUGAGAGGAUCAAGAGCUUCUACCGCAUAAACAAUGUCAGCCGCUUCCACUAUGACAGGCCUUUCCACAAGGGGCCCAAAGACCGCGAGAAUGAGUUCAGGAGCCUGUGGAUCGAGAGAACAACCCUGAUCCUCUCCCGUCCUCUCCCCGGGAUCUCCCGCUGGGCGGAGGUGGAAAGGAGAGAAGUGAUGGAGGUGAGCCCGCUGGAGAAUGCAAUUUAUGUUGUGGAGAAUAAGACCCAGGAGCUGCGGACUCUGAUAAGCCAGUAUCAACACAGACAGCAUCAUGGCAACAUCAACCCGCUCAGCAUGUGCCUCAAUGGGGUCAUAGAUGCUGCUGUGAAUGGAGGCAUCGCUAGAUAUCAAGAGGCGUUCUUUGAUAAGGACUACAUCAGCAGUCACCCAGAGGAUACAGAGAGGAUCACACAUCUGAAAGAUCUGAUGCAGGAACAGGUGCACAUUCUCGGAGUGGGGCUGGCUGUUCACGAAAAGCUGGUGCAUCCAGAGAUGCGUCCCCUGCACAAAAAGCUUGUGGACCAGUUCCACAUGAUGAGGACAGGAUUACACCAUUAUAUGGUUGGCACCCAGCAGGGUGUGGCCGGUGUGGACCGAUUUGGCCCUGCAGGCUGCCCAGGAGUCAACUCUCCCAGAGGCAUCCUCUCCUCCCACAGCCACAUGAGCCCUGAGAGUGUGCGGCUCAUACACAGACACAGCCCUCUGAACCUGCAGGGUUCGAUCCGUCAUUCGUCCUCCUCCCUGUCCUCUCACACAUCGAGUGAGGCGGGAAACCUUGUCAUAAUGACCGAUGGCCUGAUGGGGGAGCACCCUGAGGAGGCAAUGCACAUGCAGCCGAGCCCCUCCUCCUCCAGCCUGAGCUCAAUUCGCUCCAACUCUUCCCAGAUUAUCAACUCUGCUCCCUCGAGUGCCAGAGGCUCUCCUUCCUUACCUGAUAAGGCCAAACACAACCGGGAAGUGAUGAUACUGUUGCCGUCUCAUCGUGAGAGGGCCAACAACUCCAUGUACUACAGCAUGGCAGAGAAUGGACAGAACAACCACAUGCAGCGUGCCUUACUUCAACAAGUUAGCCCCUGUAAGCCGUGUGCUGAUCCUCACAUGAAUCUACCAGAGAAAGUUUUUCCCAAUGCUCCUAGCAGCUGGAGUCUGGAUGGAGAGAACAGGGAGCAGGUAUCCUACAUGCCAGCUUCUACUGGAGGGGUAAUCAUGCCCCCUGUCCCACCCAGAUCCUUCCCGCCAGGACACUUCCUGAUGCACUGUGACGCGUAUCACCACCAGAACAGCGACCCUCCCCCUGCCCUGCCCGUCCGUUCACUUCGAAAGUCUCCACUCCACCCGAUCCCUGGCUCCCCCACCAGUCCUCAGUCAGCUUUGGGGGGCAGUAACUCCACCCUGUCAGGCAGCGCCAGCAGCGGUGUUUCCUCCCUGAGUGAGAGUAACUUCGGAGGCCAGUAUCCAGAUCCUGGCCCCAUCAGGAACGAUGCCUUGGAGCCUCUUCCUAGUCACCUGUGGUCCCCUCCCGAUGAAUACCUGGCAUCUCCCUACCUGCACAUCCACUACGGCGGCUCAGAAAUUGACUCCAUGGACCCGGUCCGUCCCUUCCACUACCGCAGCCCCGCCUCACACCCACACCCGCACACCCACCCGCAUCCUCACGCUCACGCCCACCCGGGGCUGGACAGCCACUCCCACGGGCCGCAGCCUCACCACCACGCACCCACUCACGGCCCUCAUCACAUCCCCUAUCGCAGGCCUCAGCCUCCAGCCGUGCCGCCUAAACCCUACCUGAGAGAGGGCUGCAUCCCCGAAGAGGAGCUGCAGCCUCAGCCCAUCCCACUGCCCCGCAGGAUCUUCCACUCCCCUCACGGCCACAGGGAGGACCAGGUGAAACACGCCUGGGAGCAGUGCAUCAGCGAGGAGCACGAGGAGGCGCAGUGAUGAGGAGUCUCCAGCUAUGUUUCAUGCACAUGAAAGAAAGAAAAGAAGGAGCGAACCUCGAUGAAUCUUCACUAUGAGGCACAACUUCCGUCACGGCUCCAUGUGGCUUCUUAGAUAUUAUUAAAAGAAAAUGAUCUGUUGAACAUUAAAACAGAUUAACUUUGUUCAAAAAUUGAUAUUGAUUGUACACAAUUGUACAACUCGUCUGUGAGCAUGUUUUUUUCAUUUGAGAAUAAUACAACAACAGUUUUGUGAAAUAUGACAACCAUGACCAUAACUGACAUGAUCCCAGGUGCAGUAUAAGCUCUGAACUCCCUUAAUUUUCGCUUGGUCAUUUUCACAACACAAGGCAACUACAGAAAGUUAUUAUUCACAGUGAAGUGACUUCUCUGCUUUCAAUGCUUCAUAUAUAUGAAUUCUUAUUUUGAUAAAUUUGCUACAUUAUAGUGUUUUCAAAAGCUUAUGUCCAUUAUGUUUUUCAAAACACUGUUAAGUGCUCCUUAAUAGUGAAUCAUAUCAAAUGGCGCACUCUGAUACGUGUCGCUGCCGGGCAGUCAUAAACGGUGGGUCUUUAAGGUUGGACUUGCAGCUCUCCUUUUGGACCGGCAUCUCAAGGGACAUGAACUUCAGUCACUGACAAUUUCCCAUCCGUACAACGUGUAUGGAAACCUACGUGAAUGUAUUCAGAUGAGAUGUUCUAUUUGUAUUGCACAAGUUGCAAACCUGGUUUUUGUUUAAGUGCUUUAAGUUCAGUCUCUGUUGAAGAAGUCUCUAUUCGUCUCUUCUGUUUGACAAAGAUAUCUCGAGAGGAAUGAGAGCAUUCGGCAGACUGAGGGGAUUGGUGAAGGGAAACUGAGGACAAUGACAGGCAGCUUGUAACAGACAGCUCCUAAAACCUGUCAUGUCUCAUGUUCAUGGUGAAUGAAGGAGGGGUGAAACGAGGACUCUCCACUUAACACCUCGACCACCUGCUGGACUGAAAACUAACACCAAUACCAUUCUCUCUCUCUCUCUCUCUCUCUCUCUCUAUCUCUCUCACUCUCUCUCUUUCUCCCUUCAUCUUUUUCCUUCUCUGUAUGGUUGUCAGACCAUGUUAAGCAGUGAGGGCUGAACCUGGACAGCUGCGGUGGCAUUGCGAUGAUGACAUUGUCCAGCCCCCCCCCCCCGCCCGCUGAGUGGCCAGUGGAGGAGCCCACUCAGACAACAUUGGGAAUCGCCUACCUGCCUUAAGUGCACUCAAAUGCAGUUUGACCUCUCAUCCGGACUGAGAAGCUCAUUUAGCAGCGUCAGCCACCGCUCUCCUUUUCAUUCUGUUCACUAUACGCUCCCUGAAGGAAAAAGAUAUCUACUUAUUGAUGUUUUUGUAUGGUUUCGUCCCGCUUUGGUUUCAGAUUGUUGUUUGGUUUGUAGCGCUAAUAUUUCUUAUUCUGCCUGCGGCUCUUUCUCAAUCACCUUCUGUUGUGUGAAAACUAAUGAUGUGUUUCAGAAGAACGCUGACUGAGAAAGAGGUUUACUUUUUGUGGAGCAGGAGUACAGCUGUUUACUGCGAUGUAGUUGGUUGGAAGGAUAUAGCUAAUAUUUUAACAAUUACUUGUUUUCCUGGUUGUUUUUUUGCAGGUGAAUGCUUUGUGUUACUGUACAUCAAGUUGUCAGCUGACUAGACAACAUCUAUUUUUGUAUGUGAGAUCAUCAGUUGUGUGAACAUAUUUCAGAAACCGUACCGAGACAGAAGGUCCAGGUACUGCAUAGGCUGCUGUACUUUGUAUGGAGAUGAACCUGAGGUUAGAUAAAUACAGUAUGUGAGUAUCUAUUGUGAGUUUGAUGGCACUGAGGAUAACUGGUGACUGAAGUGACACCCAAAAUAUAGGUACAAUAGAAUUUUUCAAUGUAAAUUCUGUUAUUGUACAUACAGCAGUAUUGUGAAAUAUUUUUGAGAAUUAUUGCAGACGCCCCAAAAAGGUUUAUUGUUGUUUUGUGUAUAUACAUGUACUCCAGAGAUCAAUGUAAUUGAUAAAUAUCUAUAAUCAGUGUUUGAAAAAGGAAGAAUUCAUUAGACUGUGGCCGUCUCCACCGUUCUUGACUUUGAGUCUUCUCAUAUAAAUACUUUAUACACUUUUCAAUGUGCUUUCCUGUACAUAUGGUGUUAGCAUGAUCAAACAGUGUUUGGUUGUAAAAGUGGUUUUCCUACUCCCAUAACUGCUGUGGUAUGGAAUUCAUUAACGAUGCCAAACAUUAAAGACAAUCUUUUAUCAGCUCUAACUGUUCCUGCUUACCUUUGCUGUGCUGUGAUUGGUGGAGUAGUAUACAGAGUCGACA